AUGGUUGGAACUAAUAGAACUAAUUCCAAAGCCUCUUCAGAUGAAACUUCCAUUAUGAAAGGCAAAAGAAAAAGUUCUGAAGCUUCGACAACAGACUCUGAGACCAAGAAGCCUAGGGAUUCUGAUAGCGAAGUAGAUAGGGAAUUUCUUAUGAAUAAUCUAGAAUGUGUGGAUGACACAAUGAAUAAUACAAGUAGUAUAGCGGAAGAUCUAAACAACGGACAUUUAGAUGAUCAGAAUAAAUCCGAGGAUCAAUCAGCUUUGGAUUCAAGUCAAGAUGAUAUUAGCGAAAAAGGUUCUCAAAGUGAUCUCAAAGAUGACAGUGAUGCCAAAGCAGACUUGCCUUCUGGUUCAGAAGAAAAAGAGUUACCAAUAAAUGACGAAGGCUCUGGAUCUCAACACCAAACGAAUGAUGAAUCGAGUUCAGACCUUGUUCUGGGUGAUUCUUGUUCUAAACAAACUGCUAACAAUACUCCGGCAUGUACGAAAGAUAAUCAGAAAGUUCCGGCUAAGGAAGUCGAAAGCGUACGACUAAGUGUACGGAAAGCUAUGGCUGAGGCCUUAUCUACAAGAGUGAAAUGUGAAGUUGGAAGCACUUUCCGUGUAAAGGAUUGUAAAGAGACGGCUGAGGUUUUGGAAAAAUCAUUAUACGAGAAGUCAAAUGCUGUUUACGUCCCGCAGUAUAAACAAUGGUUCAAGCAGUUCAUUCUUCUGGUCAAAGAUAUAAAAAAUAAGGUGUUCUUUCGAGAUCUGAUGCUGAGGCAUCUUGACUUCGACAAACUUGUUCGAAUUGCUCCGACCUCACUAAGCAAGCAGUUUAUGACCGCGGCGAUCGAAGCUAAAGAUCCUCCAGAAGUCAUUGAUGUCUCCAAAGAAGUAAAGGCAACUCCUGAAAAAGAGAAAACUGCAGAGAAACCGCAAGAUGAGAUUGUGAAGGUAAAUUCGACGUUGGAUGCUUUGCUUGGAGAUUCCACCGUGGACACAACGUCUCAACAUCUUUCACACUUCUUUGACAAGAACUGUAAAGUUUGUCUGGCCGAACAGAAAAAAGCAGGAGCAAAACGAAGGAGAGAAGAGAAGGAGAUGGUCCGAUUGCAGAAGGAAAAGGAAAGGAAACGAAAACAGAAAGAGGCAAACGCAUCGGCUUCUUCUUCCUCCGCUCCUAUAUCAUCGAAAAAAGAGAGGAAGUCGUCGACAAAAGAAGUUACUGAAAAGCUCAACGGGCAUUCUGAAAAGCCGUUCUCGUCUCCGCCUCAUUCUGUUCAAAACUCCGAUGAUAUUGAGUAUGCAGCUAACGAUUCUCCAUCCGUAUAUGAUAGGUGUGAGCCUAGCACUUCUACUACUACUGAAGAACGUGGAAAUAAGAAGUCUGAAAAAGCCCCAAACUCGAAGCUUGAUAGUGUCGAUGACUCCACACCCUGGGAUGGAUCACAGAUUGUUUGGAGAGGAAACAUAGUUUUAGAUAAGUUCUGUUUGACAACAUCGUUCAUGGGUGAUUCCGAAUCUGCAAUAGAUGUGAGCCGAUCCUAUGAGCUACCGUCAAACUUGAAAAUCAAAGGCUGUGUUACACCCUAUCUAGUUAUGGAGUACCUAGGUCUACUGAAGGACAAUAAGGAUAUGAAAGUUGUUGUUAUGAGCUUGAAGAAGCCAGGGGAUUACAACGGAUUGUGCAAGUACAAGUAUUUAUUCAAUUACAUGUUGGAGAGUAACCGAUUUCUAUUACUCGACUUUUCUUUGCUUAACUCUAAAAAUCUGAAGAAUGGUUAUUUCAUGCCAAUGAGACCCACGAACGACGGUUCAGAUAUUGACUUCCCUCCCGGUUUUUUGGGAAAUGAGAAUGACAAUGACUCAAUUAUUGUUAUCCUAGUAAGGAAAGCUAUCAAUAGAAUCUCUGAAGAAGUGAUCAAAGAUAGUUUCCGAUCCGAUAGUUUCGAAACUUUGAACGACGUUCUGAACUUCAUAGAGAUAAAUGAUGAUCCCAGUGUUGUGAAGAACGCUGUUGCUGUAUUUAUGGAUAAGAACAAUCUGAAUGAUAGAGAUCGAAGAAGCCUGAAGAACAAAGUAUACGAAAGAGUAAUAGCCAUCAAGAAAAGCAUGGGCGAUAGAAACCACAAUAUUUUGAAUAAGAAAAGCUUCGAGAUUGAACGUAUAUGUGAACCUAUUCUGAACUUCGGUGAUGGAGAGCCGGGUGUAGAUCGGCCUUUCUCUCCUUCAGACUUUGAUUCUUCUGCUCCAGACAAUGACCUCUUCGAAGCCCCUAUGAAUAUGAGUAUCAUGGAAAACGGAGAUUUGAAACAACAUGAUGUGUUUGAGGAAACCGCGAGUGAUGUAACUCAUCCACCUCCUCCCGAAUCACCACCUCCUCCUCCUCCACCUCCUCCACCACCACCUCCAAUUUUGGAUGACAUUCCCUGCCCUUCGCCUACAAUGGUUUCAAACACAGUACCACCUGGUAUUAUCCCUUUGCCACCAGAAGCGAACGCAAACGACUCUCUGUCCAAAGUGGAGGAGAAUCGUUGCUUGGAAUCUACAGACUCUUCAACCCCUUUGUCAAACAAGACAGCUAACUCCAAUAGUCUCUCAGCUGAUUCAUCUUCAAAAAGUAGUCCGGAUUUGAAUAACUCUGCUAACUUGUUCGAAGAUAGAGCAGAGGUUCCAAUGAACAUUGAAAGUCAGAGUGAUGAACCAGCUGUGUUGUUCCCCAAUUAUGCAACACUUCCACCACCAUUGAACGUUUUAUUAGGCCGAUCGACUGUUAAUAGAGGACAAUUCUUCAAUCAGGGAAUAGACUCACGUGGCCCAUCUGUUAAUAUGGCACCCAAUCGAAUAGGAUCAGGAUAUACUGGACCAUCAACAGGUUACACACAGUUCGGUCCCGGUGGAAGCUCUGGAUAUUUCCCGAACAAUUCCUUGGCUCCUUCGUCACUACUUCCCAACUUAGCUCCGAAUAUGGCUCAUACCAAUUCCUCGCAGUGCUCUCGAAAUAGAAGCUCAUUGAGCAAUCGUCCAUUAUUGGGCUUGUAUGGCCCUCCAACAGGCAGCGCCGUUGCGACAAUGAAGUUGCUGUUGUUAACUUCUCUAAUUUACUGUUAUGCCAAUGCUAGGAUAUUUGGGCCAUCAGCAUCAACAGAUGAACCUUUUGAAGCACAUAAUGGAUUGUUCUAUGAGAAUGCCGCUGUUGAGAGCGGAGAAACUUUCACCGAGGAACGACUCGAACAAGAACUGCUUAACUCCAUCGCUCCUACUAAGACGUUCAAAGGUACCAUUGUUGCUAGACAACGAACUCUACCACCAGCGUCUCGACCUAUUGAGAAAGAAGACAUAGCUUUCAAUGAAGACGCUUCUACUACUGUUGCACAACAAGAAAUGGAAGGAUCUGCAGACCCGCUCUUAGAGGAAAACUCGGAUAAUCAUUCAAUCAUAGAAACAAAAACAAAAAAAUCUUUAUCGAACGUUGAGCUACCUGUCUUACUUGGUUUAUCUAGCCCUGUUUUUACCCAUACAAGCACGGAGACUGAAGGAGAGAAGGCUACAACUAUCAUGAUCGACAUCACUGCCGAUCCUUUGGAGAAUACUGGGGAUGAUGAGGAAGGAUCUGGAAAGAGUUCCCAAGAACCAUCGUUUCCGCUAGACCUGGAUGGUUUUGGCGAAGUACCAAUCAAUCAUAAGUCUAUUCUUAUCGGAGAGAAGGACAGUGAAGAGUCUAGUGAAAACCUGAAAGUUGUUAAAGUUUCUGGAGAGAUCGGAGAGGAUCCGGCUGAGGGUUCGGAAAAAGAAGAAACAGAGGCUACAACGGAAGGAGAAAACACUUUUUCUAGAAAAGAAGAUGAACAACAAGAAAACCGAAAACGUUUUGAGAAGAAGCCCACGUCCUCAGGAACAUUUUUGGAAGACAACUUGCUUCCCGUCUUCUUGAGAAAGAAAACAUCGAACUCGUCGAGCCAUGUUGUUGCACACCGGGGAGCUGUAGAAGGUUGUCCCACUCCCGAACUUUGUGCGAAAAACUGUUUUGUAUCUCUGGAUUCAAACGGUUGUCAAACGUGUGAAUGCCUAUGGCAAGCUCUCACUUGUGAAACGAAUGAUGAUUGCCCUGAAGCUAUUCAAGUUUGUGACCUUGGUAAAUGCGAGUGUAGUCAAGGAUAUGAACAGGAUAUGAGUCGCUCUGGUAUGUGUAAAACUAGUGAUGAGGAUGUUAUUGUGAAUGAUGAAGCUGCAGUAAUACAAGCGGAGAAGCUCUUCGAGGAAGCUGCUAAGAGCUUACCUGAGGCGGCCGAUAAAAAAAGAUCAGAGCAGCAGACGACCUCUGUUCCUCUCAGUCUUUAUUACGGAAAGAAGCACGUUAGAGUUAUCCGAGCGACUGAUAAACUUCGUCGACCUGAGCGUCUGCAAUGGCCAGGUCCAUGUGAUACUCGUGAACAUUGUCCUCCACCACUUCACUGUCUGCAAGGCGACUGUUGGUAUCUUCCAGACAAACCAAUACGAAGAAGAUCCAGAAGCCGACAAAGAGAUUCUAUACCUGAUUCUUUCAUUAUAUCCAACGACGACGAAGAGGAAGAAUAUGAUGAUGUAAACAUGCACGAUGGACACCUUGCCACUCCAACAAUAACAAGCAAACCAAGAGGCCUUUUACGUUUCGUUAGUGAAGAUACAGCCAGCCCUCUGAAAUUGCGUACUGAACGAACGACAAUAAUCCCACCUACAACAGAUGUUUUUGAAAUUUCCAGCCAAAACUUAUCUCCAAAUGCAACUGCUUUCACACCUUUCCAUCCAGACACUGUCAAAGUAUUAGGAGAAACAACCAAGACUGAGCUGGUGCCAUCAAGCGUUUUCGAUGGAGAUUUGGAGAGUUUUGGCUCACCACCCGCUCCUCCUCCGAUGGAUAUUGUAACCAGUACAUCGCCUCCAAUAAGUGUGACAAAUCCCACAAUCGGAUCAGUGUCACGCGAUAAGAUAACGAGAACUUUCAAACUCAGUGAAGAACAGAUAGCCGAUAUGACAAAAGCUUUCACGAAAAGCAUUGAGCUUCCUAAAACAGAGAUUCUCAAGCCCAUACUGAAAAAGAAAAGAAAGCAAACAGUAGAGGAACGUCCCAAAGCCCAUGGUGUUGAAACUGCAACAGAGCUGAAUGAACUCGAGUUCCCUAUAUCGUCACAGUUGAAAAAAUUGAAGGGCGCUGGUAUUGAGGUUACUCCGCCACCAGCUUUGAGUGCAAAGCCAACUUCCGAGGAAUUGGAAGGUCAUGUACAGUUUAUGAAAGCAAUGAAUGCACAAAGGAAGCGUAUUCAACACCAAUUUGAAAAAAAAGGAGAUGGUAUUCCCCGAUCAGAAGAUCUUUUCGAUUAUGACGAGCCUACCACAACGGAAGCAUUAGUAACGACUCCUGCCGCUUCGAAUGAAGUUCAAAAAGCUGGUGUUUGGUAUGAUAUGGAAGACCCUGUAGUACAGAGAGGCCGUUUAAAUGAAAGAAGACGUGCUCCAAUCUCAACAACGCCACAACGUCUUUAUAUGGAGUACACUGAAAAGAAUGUUCGAGGAAGACCUAUCCGCGUGGAGGGACGUGUCAUUGGGAAAUUCGAUGACGAAUGUGGCAUAGAUAAGGAAUGCGGGUCAAGAUUCAAAUGUUGUCCGAAGCAAUGGUGCGACGAAAGAGCAGUGUGUGGAAAAGCCAAAUUCUGUCUUCCCGAUUGUUCCCGAACUAAGCUAGUCAACGCUAACAGCUUAGAUAAGUCCUUACUUGAUAUCGUAUAUGAUUAG